AAAUUGCUGAAAGGCGUCUACAUUUAACUCAGACUAUGUGAUGACGUGAUGUUGACACGCAUUUACGACAUCCACUGGAGACAAGUGAAUUCCCUCCGAUCCCGACAGCGAGAGACAGCCCCGGUUUUGUUUUUUGUUUUUUUCUUCUUCUUCUUCGCUGUGUCCAGCAAAAGCCCGACUCUGGUGGAGGAAUGGUAGCCAGUUAGCCAACGGACAAAAACUGUUGAGUUUUUACUCGUUUCACAUCGCUGGCUACUUUCUUAUAACGAUGAAUUUACUACCGUCCAAUCCACAUGGAAAUGGGCUUCUUUAUGCUGGAUUUAACCAGGAUCACGGAUGCUUUGCUUGUGGAAUGGAGAAUGGAUUUCGUGUCUACAACACAGAUCCUCUUAAAGAAAAGGAAAAGCAAGAGUUCCUAGAGGGAGGCGUCGGCCAUGUGGAGAUGCUGUUUAGGUGUAACUACCUGGCGCUGGUGGGAGGAGGGAAGAAACCCAAGUACCCGACUAAUAAAGUGAUGAUCUACGACCUCAAGAAGAAGACGGUGAUCGAGAUCGAGUUCUCCACAGAGGUGAAAGCGGUGAAGCUUCGGCGGACCAGGAUUGUAGUAGUCCUAGACUCCAUGAUCAAAGUGUUCACCUUCACGCACAACCCGCAUCAGCUGCACGUGUUCGAGACCUGCUACAACCCCAAAGGUCUGUGCGUGCUGUGUCCCAACAGCAACAACUCCCUCCUGGCGUUCCCGGGAACGCAUUCGGGCCACGUGCAGAUCGUGGACCUGGCCAACACCGAGAAGCCGCCCGUCGACAUCCCCGCCCACGAGGGGGCGCUGUGCUGCAUCGCACUCAACCUGCAGGGAACCAGGAUAGCCACGGCGUCGGAGAAAGGCACUCUGAUCAGGAUCUUCGACACGUCGGCGGGACAACUCAUCCAGGAGCUGCGGCGAGGCUCGCAGACGGCCAACAUCUACUGCAUCAACUUCAAUCAGGAUGCGUCUUUGAUCUGCGUGUCCAGUGACCACGGCACCGUGCACAUCUUCGCUGCGGAAGACCCCAAAAGGAACAAACAGUCGAGUUUGGCGUCCGCCAGCUUCCUCCCCAAAUACUUCAGCUCCAAGUGGAGCUUCUCCAAGUUCCAGGUGCCUUCGGGCUCCCCCUGCGUGUGUGCCUUCGGAACGGAGCCCAACGCCGUCAUAGCCAUUUGUGCUGACGGCAGCUACUACAAGUUUCUGUUUAACCCAAAGGGGGAGUGUUCCAGAGACGUGUACGCCCAGUUCCUGGAGAUGACUGACGAGAAAAUAUGACCCUCGUGACUUCCUGCUGAGCAGCACGGUUUUUUUUUUGUUUUGUUAUUUUUUUCCCCUUUUCUGUUUCUGAGGAAUUAGAAGUUCGACUUUGCACUUCCAUCUUAUCUGCAGAGACUCUGGAUCAUCAGAGCAUCAGAUGGAGUGGACAAAGAAAACAACAAAGCACAGAUUUGUUUUUUUAGGAGGACUAAUGGGAAACUCAUGACGUACGCCACCUUUGCUCCCAAACCAAACCCACGGCGAUGAGGGAAAGUUUUUUUUUUUGUUUUUUUUCUGAAAUACAAACAGUUUUAAGAUGUCUUCCGAAGGCUAUUUUUAUUCCCGUCCUGAUAGUUGAGACGUCUUGGUUAACUAACACCGCCCAACCCCAAACUACAGGCAGAGUGCCUCUGAAACCGAAGAGAGCGUGCGCACACAUAUUAUCGCAGAUAAAAACGCGCGCGCCGAGAACACAAAGUGUGUAAAAUUAUUAGGUGUGUGAGGGGAUCCCGCUUUGUUAGGCAUCACCUUAGAUUUUCUUUGCUUGUAUAUACACCUGACUGAAGUAACCAUAUCGAGCUGUACAGAACAGUAGCUUAAAAAAACUUUAAAAAUUAACCUGUAUUUUUUUUUUUUUUUUUUUUUUUUACUUUAUUUGUGCAAUACUCCGUUUACCAGAACGGUUUUGUCUUCAGUCUAAAAUUUCCGGAGAAAAGCUGGUAUAUUUUGAGAGAGAAGUUCUUUUCACAGAUUGGCUUCAUGGGGAAGUUAAUUACACAGAGAAAAUGUUUGCACCUUGAGUCUUAGUUUAAUCGAUUUCCAAUCAUUUUUUUUUUUUUGUCAGAGCCACCUCAAGAAAAAAAAAGAAAAAAAUUCGAUAUUUCUUCACUGCAUUCAUGAGUUACAUUUUUAUUCUGCCUCGUGCUAUUGGUCACUUUGCACCUUCAUCGCUGCUCUCGUUUCUGCCAUUUGAGCUGAUCCCUCAGCAACCUCUGGACAAGUCUGUUUGCAUCCACCGCAGUAAAACUAGUGACAAUUUUUUUUUUUUUUUUUGUUCGUUUCUUUUUCAUCUAUCACGGCCUUCAGUCGACUUGCUGCAAAACACAUUUCAUUUUUUUUUUUGUGGCUUCUUCUUGCAUCCGAACGUGCGUUUGCGGCGCUCGGAAGACCCGGACCACUAGAGGGGGAUGCCGAGUAAACUGAGAACUCGGCCAACCGGUUUCUGAUACACUUAAUGAUUGUAAAAUGUGCAUUUAAAUCUGUGAAUAAAAUUUAACAUCUGCUUUUCCAGAUAGGUUUGAUGAA